UAUAAUAAUAAUUAAAAAAAAUAUGCCAUAAGAGAGUUUACGUUUAAAAACAUGGUUCCAUUGGACCCCAGAAGAAAAAUCACAUGCCAUAUACGAAGGUUAUUUUAGGCGUAUAUUAAAAAGCCAUGAAAUAAAGAAUUUCUUAUGGGCAAAUCGUUUAAACAAUUUAUCUAAUUGGGGAUAUCCUUUAAUAGCUUAUCCACUAUUCUGCCUUACAUUAUUUAGACUUGCCCCGUUUAGAUCCAUUUAUUACAAACAUAGAUCUCAAUAAUGGAUUGUUUUUAAAUAUUCAACAGUAGUUGCAAGUUGGGUAUUAUGGCUUAAUUUUAACCCAGCUUUUAAGAAUUUGGAAUAAAAGAAAGAAGAUUUACUAGACUUAGUAUAUGAAAAAAUGGGAGAUUAACUUACUUAAUUGAAUGAUGCCCUUCCAAGAUGGAAUACUACUUAAGAGUAUCAUAGAAGAACUCAAAAAUUAUAUAAUUAAAGAAAUGGAUGGCUUGUAGGUAUUUUAUAUCCUUAAGAAUAAUAUUCAUAUCCUUUGGUCGAUAUGUCUAGUUUUCCAACUAAUUUUAUUCCAGAUAAAAUUACAAAAUGAUUAUUAUUUUUUUAUAAUA